AUGAAUGAUAUUCAUACCAUAAAUGACGAAAAUGAUAAGGAAGAUGAUGUAAACGAAGCCAGUGGUAUUGACAAUGAGCCUGAUGAUAGUUCAUUGAAAGAUAUAUACACUGGAAAAACAUUUAAAUCAUUCAAAGUACUUGAAAAAUGUUUGAAACGAUAUGCAAACCAAACGGGCUUUGAGAUUAGAACAGUAAUAUCUGAAAAAGAAGAUGGUACCUGGUCCAGAAAAACGCAUAAACGUAUCAUGGGGGCAAAUAUGAAUAUAAGAAAAGUGGAUCCUACACAUAACCGAAACCAAGAAUCAGUUUGUAUUGAACGUGGAUUCCUUGUAAAUAUAACAUAUUGUAAGCGUCUGAAUCUGAUAUUUUUUAACCAAUUCGUUAGCGAUCAUAAUCAUGCAUUACAAAGUGCAUCUGUACUUCACUGUAUUACGCAAGAUACCAGACAAUAUCAUGGAAGAGCAAAAGAUAAGCCAGAAGAAUUCAUUGAAUUAUUACAGGAAAUGGAUGGUUGA